AUGAGUUUCUUUAAAAGAAAGCCAGUGAUAAUCGACGCAGGUUCGGGUUAUUGUAGAGCCGGAUACGCAGACGAAGACAAUCCGGAAGUGACAUUACGUAGAGACAAAGUAAGUACAUACGAAUCCAACGAACAUCGUCUAGCAAUAAAUUGGGACGAAACUGAAAGCCUUUUCCAAACAAUGUAUGAAUAUAUGGGGAUACGUUCGGAACAUCAUGCUGUGCUUUUGACGGAACCACCACUGGAAUCGAACCAGAACCGUGAGAGAAUGGCGGAAUUGUUUUUUGAAAAGUUUGGGGUUCCGGGCUUGUCGAUGGCUAUGGAUGCAAUUUUGGCGAUUUAUGGUAGUGGAAGGACAAACGGAUUGGUGCUGGAUGUAGGGCACUAUUAUACUAAAACGGUGGCGUUUUGCGACGGAAGCGAUAUUAAGAGAUCGAUAUGUAAGAGUGCUUUAGGAGGAUUCGAUCUGACGCAGUACCUGAGCAGAAUUAUGACUGAAGUCGGGUACUAUUGCAGGACGCACGCCGAUAUUGAGGCCUUGCACACGAUGAAAGAAAAGGUUGGAUAUGUUGCUUUAGAUUUUCAAGAGGAGUUGAGUAAACCUUUGUCACAUUUGGAAGCGGUUUACAAACUGCCCGAUGGUGUGAAACUUACCGUAUCAGACCAACGAUUUCGAUGUUCUGAACCACUAUUUGAACCAAUACUGGUUGGUUCAGGCAGUUUAUCAGUGUCUCAAAUGGUAUACAAAUCUAUAAUGGCCUGUAGUGAGACGUAUCAAAAGGAAUUGUUCAACAAUAUAGUGCUAAUUGGUGGUAGCACUUUAUUUCCCGGCUUUGUGGCAAGAUUGCACGAGGAAAUGAAGAGACAAUAUUCUCGCGAAUUGGGAAUAAUUGCUUCGAAGUCUAGGAGUGAAAUGGCCUGGGCCGGAGGAUCGGUAAUCUCGACACUUUCGUCGUUUAGAAGGAUGUGGAUCAGUAAUGAGGACUACCAAGAAUAUGGGCCUUCCAUUAUUAAUUCAAGACAUUGGACUUAA